AUAGCAUUGGAUUCCUGAAAUGAAAUAAUAAUGAUUAAAUAAUCACCUCUUGCUUGAACUGUACGGCCAAUAACAGGCAAUGACAUAAAAAUACGAUAUUGCUAUAAGCUUACAGCGUAUCCACCAAUACAAUCUUUAAAUGCAUAUUGCACUAGCAAUCAACAACAACAACAAAACCUUUAGUCCCAAACAAGUUGGGGUAGGCUAGAGCUGAAAGCGAUAAGAUUGCGCAACCAACUCAUGGUUCUGGCAGAUGGAUAGCUAGCUUCCACGCACCCCUGUCCAUGGCUAGAUCUUUUGGUGAUAUUCCACUCCUUCAGAUAUUUCUUUAUAGACUCCUGCCAUGUCAUGUUUGGUCUACCCUAACCUCUCUUGACAUUAUCAACACGCUUUAUCCGUAAGCUAUGCACUGGAGCUUCUGGAGGCCGGCGUUGAAUAUGCCCAAACAAUCUCAGACGACGUUGGACAAGCUUCUUCAAUCGGUACUACCCCAACUCUAUCCUGUAUAUCAUCAUCUUGGACCCGAUCCUUCCUUGUGUGGUCACACAUCCAUCUCAAUAUGCGCAUGUCUGCUACACCUAACUGUUGAACAUGCCGCCUUUUAGUCGGCCAACACUCAGCGCCAUACAACAUUGCGGGUCGAAUCGCCGUCCGAUAGAACCUGCCUUUUAACUUUUCUGGCACUCUCUUGUCACAUAGAACGCCAGAAGCUUGGCGCCAUUUCAUCCAUCCGGCUUUGAUUCGAUGGCUCAUAUCUUCAUCGAUAUCACCAUCCUUCUGCAACAUUGACCCCAAAUAUCGAAAGUUGUCCUUCUGAGGUAUCACCUGCCCAUCAAGACUAACCUCAUCCUCCUCGUGCCUACUAGUACUGAAACCGCAUGUCAUGUACUCGGUUUUAGUUCUACUAAGCCUAAAACCUUUGGAUUCCAAGGUUUGUCUCCAUAGCUCUAACUUUCUAUUAAUUUCCCAUCCGACUAUCAUCAACUAGAGCCAUAUUAUCUGCAAAGAGCAUACACCACGGGGUAUCUCCUUGUAUAUCCCUUGUGACCUCAUCCAUCACCAAAGCAAAAAGAUAAGGGCUCAAAGCUGACCCUUGGUGCAGGCCUAUUUUAAUCGGGAAGUCAAUAGUGCCACCAUCACUUGUUCGAACAGGCGAACACUUGUCAUAAAAUUAUCCUACAUGUCCUUAAUGAGGGUAAUGUACUUUGUCCCUGGGGAGUGAAUUAAGCAUGUGAGUUACCCUGUAACGUCAGACACUUAACAUGUGGCAGUGUCGGUUAAACCCAAGUCUGAAGUUUGAUCCCAGAGGCACAUGCACACACAAGGCGAACCUAACAUGAGUUAGCUAGUGGUCCAGGUCCAUCAUGAUAGAUGGAAUCUUGAAACCUCUGUCCUUUUUUCCUUGUGGAAAGGCCGGGUCUACCCAAUUGGAGGCGUUUACAUGGGAUGGGAACAAGUCGUCGUGUUGGGGAAAGGAGAUGUCUGUUGCAUGUUCCAGUGCCCUAGGAAAGUUAAAAAAAAGUCCACUACACACUGGGUUAGUCUUAGUGCCUGGAAAAUAACCCGCGGAUUGAUAGAGGGCGGUAAAAACACACGAGGUAAAUCAGACUACGGCCUGUCUGUGGACUGGCCAUGCGUGGGUGGCUCUGUUAGUCCAGUGAGUUUACCAAACCAUGUGAUGGAUCCGUUUGGACUUUGAAAUUAAGCAGGAACUCUGAAGACUUAUUUGCAAUGGUUUCUUGGGGCUAGCUCUUAGUGGUGAAACAUUGUCGGCAGGUUAGUUAUUUAGGGUGAAACUGAAACAUGCAUGCCUGAACUUUCUAGAGUUUUGAUAGCAACGUGCAUGUGCAUGCACGCAUCGCAACAACUUUAGAAAUCCUGCCUCCUUCCUGGGUCAGGACUCGGUACUUUGUAGUGUUCCUUUUCCCAUGCACUGAGAAAGGAGGACGUUGCUGUACACGAGAACACAGAGAAACAAUAUGCCCUUUUUCUCUCUCGGCAGAUGAAAAUCGAUGCAUGAGAAGCAAGACUUUUGUACAUGUUGAUAUAGUAUGAUACUGGUAUAGUAUACUAUGCUUCUUGUUUCUCUUCUUUGAGGCAGCAAUAAUCCUUCUAGGCAAACUAUGCAUCUUGUAGUGUAGCUCCAGCAUGAAUUUGUCCUGUCAUCCACACUGGAAACACAACCGGGUUAGCUAGAGGUAUAGGGUGUGGUUGCACAGUCUGCAUCACAAGUUGGUACGAGGCCUUAAUGCGUUGGACAUGGCCGCAUGGGUGCACGUACGUACCUGAUGACUAGCAUCAGACAUUGCGGAUACUUGUCUCUAGCUAGCAAUGCUAUUAUUGACAUGUAUAUUAUAGAAAUGCUUCCAUACGAUGAUGUAGCAGUACCGUUCUAGUGCAGGACAAAUCCACAAUCUCUCCUUGUCCGCAUGAUGAUGAUGUAGCAGCACCGUUCUAGGGCCGGGCGUACAUACGUGUCAGGUUUUCUCCUGGUCUUGGCUUGAUUUAUUUAGUAUAUAUGCGUAUGGGAUAAACAAAUACUGGUAUCUGUUGUUUUCUCACUAUAUUUGAUUAGCGGUGCUAGUACUGUAGUUGCUUAGCAUUGAAGAUUGAAUUGAAGCUAGUAGUAGUACAUUCACCAAUUUGUAGAGAAGAGUGAAACAGACAUCCUCACGUCGAGCCCCGCCAUUUCCCUUGCCGACUUACAAUUAUUCACCUCUAGGCUAGCUCUAGCUAGUAACACUUCUUCCUCUCUAAUUAAUGCAUGUUGCUGCUAAGUCUUCGAUCUUCACCUCAUUUAUGCGGGGAAGCUAGGGUUAAUUAAACAAGUACAUGUUAACAGCGUGCGUCAGACGGAUCAGACCAGCAAUGCUAAUUUAUCUCUGAGUGUGUGUUUCAUCUAAUGGAAGGUCAACUCUGAACGUGCAUGCAUGCAGUGUCAAAUAUUGAUCCAGGCUCUGCAGCCAGCUAAGUGUGGCGGUGCCGCGUGAAGUGAAUGGUAAGCAGAAUUGCCAGAUCAUAACGGCCAUUGGAGGAUGCAAUGCAUAGACUAAUAAUCAACCUUUGCUGCUAAAUACAGACAAACAAGGCAGGAGGCCUUUACACACACUGCAUCCAGCACCAGUAGGUACAUGGCUCUACACCUAUUCUAUGCUAGAUGAAUGUGAUCCAGCAAGCAACAUGACAGGGCUCAUUAAUUAGCACAAAACCAUCACUAAACUAGUUUAUCAUGCUUGUUUGUUUGUUUGUCCUGAUUAACGAGGGUGUGCAUGGAAUUAGCAGCCAACCUCCCUCAUUGACACCUAGCUUAGCCUCCAUCUUCCUUCCUGGCUGGCUGCUUCCUCUAUAAAAAGGCCAAGCUCUGCACCCAUCACCCUCCCCCUUUGCAACCAUCUCCAUACAUUGCUCUAUCUUCUCUUCUCUUCUCUUCUCUUCUCUAAGCCCGUAGCAAAGAGGAAAGCACUGCCAUGGCCGGGGCUCAGACGGGGAGCAGCGCCACACCGUGCGCGUCAUGUAAGCUCCUGCGGCGACGGUGCACCAGGGACUGCGUGUUCGCGCCUUACUUCCCGCCGGAGGACCCGCACCGGUUCGCCACCGUGCACAGGGUCUUCGGCGCCAGCAACGUGAGCAAGAUGCUGCAGGAGCUCCCUGCGGCGCAGCGGGCUGAUGCUGUGAGCAGCCUGGUGUACGAGGCCACCGCGCGGAUGCGGGACCCCGUUUACGGAUGUGCCGGAGCCAUCUCCUACCUCCAGCAGCAGGUCUCCCAGCUCCAGGUGCAGCUCGCCGUCGCGCAGGCCGAGAUCCUCCAGCGCAUCAACCACCCUUCCCCGGCCACUGCAUUUCAUCUGCAGGAGCUCCAGCAGCGCCAGGCGCAGCAGCAGCAGCAAAUGCAGAUGGAUGAUGAUGACAAGGCGUAUAGCAGCCUCGUCAUGCAGAAUGAUCUGAUGAGCACGCUGCUGCUACAGGAGGCGUGCCUUAAGAAAGAGUCCCUAUGGACAUGAUCAUUAUGUGCCAUAACUGUCUAGUGUUUUUCUACUUUGAUGAUUCAUAAACAGUGUCUCUGCUUCUGUAAUUUUCUGAAAAUUGGGAAAUUGAGAAGAAAGUUGAUUGCUUGGGACA